GACGCCCUAUGCGAUUGUAAGGUUCUACCAUGAAUUAAUAUGGGCGCCGCUGGCGUGCUGCUAGGUCGCUGGUGAGAAAAGGAGGCCGAGGCUUUGCCCGUGAUCUCCCUCAGCGAUGGCGCUUCGGUCGCGGUGUCGGGAGUUGUUGUCGAUUUGCAGGAACCCCGGGUGUGGGGUCGCAGUGUUCUCAACCAGUUCCAAGCCAGAGGUGAAACCCGAAGUGGACCCUCUGGAAAACGAAGCAAUUGCCCCAGAGUUCAUCAACCGGAACCCCCGGAACCUGGAGCUCUUAGCUCUAGCCAGGAAAGAGCGGGGUUGGGGGACAGUGUGGCCCUCCCGUGAGUUCUGGCACAGGUUGCGAGUUGUAAGGACUCAGCAUCAUAUAGAAGCAGUCGUUGAGCAUCGAAAUGGACAGGUUGUGGUUUCGGCAUCCACUCGUGAAUGGGCUAUUAAAAAGUACCUGUAUAGUACCAGAAACGUGGUGGCUUGUGAGAGUAUAGGACGGGUGCUGGCAGGACGAUGCUUAGAAGCAGGAAUCAACUUCAUGGUCUACCAACCAACUCCGUGGGAGGCAGCCUCAGACUCGAUGCAACGACUACGGAAUGCCAUGACAGAAGGCGGUGUGGUGCUUCAGGAGCCUCGGAGAAUCUAUGAAUGAAAUAGCAGCAUUCUUUGGAGCGUGUGAAUAUAAAGCUGCCAGCUGUUACAUCAGAAGAGAGCGCGUGGAAGAACAGACCGCCUGGAAGUUUCAUGCAAUAAUCUAGCUGCGAUGUUGUUAAUAGUUAAAACCACCCCACCUCCCCUCGUGCAUGUGUUUGUGGGUUUUUUUUUUUUAAUCAAGGACUACAUUCUUUCCCUCUCGGAUUUGAGAGGAGUAUCUGAGAAAAGCUGUCACAAGUUGUAAUUAACUUUUAAAGGACAAAUGUUUUAAGUUAAAGAAUAAAGGCAUUUUACAAACUCUUAA